AAAAAAACCCUGCUCAACUGUUCCCGACCACACCGAGAUGUGAAAUUCACCAUCAAGUUUCAAGAAUUCAGCACUAACAUCUGGGGUCUAGAAUUUCAGGGGAACAAAGAUUACUACAUCAUAUAAAUGAGGUGAAAACACAGUAAGCAGUAACUGAAAAUUCCACACUGACCAAGACCAAACCAGAAACUGCUCAAAGUACGACACACUGUGAGAAGCAUUAGCAGAGAGGUUCUGUGGCUGAGCCACUCUUUGCAAAUGGGAAAAGAAGCUACAUCCAAUUGGCCUUUGGAAGACCUGCAUAACCAGGAAGGAGGGGUGUGCAAGACAAGAGCCAUGAAGAUCAUCAUGAAAGUUGGACAAGAUGCAAGUCCUGCUGGAUCAACCAGGAAUAAUGAUCCAACAAGACGUCCAGAGCUAGAAGCUGGUAUCAGCACCGAAGGCAACAGCGCAGGGCAUUCCAGGAACAAUCCAGGUUCCAAAGUGGCCUUAUUCGCGGGAAUCAUAUCAGGAUGCAUCGUCUUCAUCGUCAUCAUCAUCACCUUGGUGGUACUGCUGCUCAA